AGGGCAGUAGGAAGUGACGUACAGGGCUCCGUAAAAUUCCGACGUCGAUUUUUCUUGCUGCACAGUUCAAUGAACAAUUCAGGCUCUUUUCUGUUCAACGCGGCUGUAAAACGCUAUAAAGUUACAUAUGGACAUUAAUCAAGUUUGACGGUUUAGAGCGUUUCUUUGGAAAUACGUCCAAUCGGUAAAAACGCUGGAUUAUGAAGGAAUUUUUGGCAAACCUGAUGUACCGCAAAAAAUGGUCCCCUUCAGAAAUGUGCGCCGUUUGUUUUGCUGAAGCUGCUCGGCAAAAAUAUCGAUAAAGUCAUAUCUUAACAUUAAUAUUUCAACUUGUUAUUCGCCUCGACGAAUCUAAGGAGGAUGAGCUUCAGCAGGUUUGAUGAAGUUGAGAAGUAUCUUCGAUUUGGGAUAUACACGCAACAUGACAAAGCUUCUAAAGGUGUAUUAAGAAGGUGCUGUAAGAAGUUUCGUUGGGCAGGUGAUGCUCUUUGGUACAUAGAUGGCAAACGUCAGCGUAAGGUGCUCCGCAGCGAAGAGGAGGUACGAGCAGUACUGGUAGAGCAGCAUAACAACCGAAAUCAUGCAGGCCGCAAGAGAUGCCUGAAAGCUGUGUCUGAUCUGUAUUACUGGCGCUCCAUCUCCAAAGACAUCACUGAGUGGAUAGACAAUUGUGAGGGUUGUUCCCAUCCUUCCAAUCCCAUCAUACGCCUACAGUGCAUUGUCCCUGGCUGUGAGAGCUCUGGGCUGGUCGACAAUGAGGAUGGAGUCACUUUUCACCGCUUCCCUUUUGGCGAGCCAAGCAGACUCAACUGUUGGAUCAGCUUCGCUCAAAGGGACCGCUGGUCCAUUCACAGCAGAUCAGCUAUAUGUUCCAAACACUUCACAGAGGACAGCUUUGAACGAAGUGGAGACAGAGUUUUCCUUAAAUGUGAUGCUGUGCCCACACUUGAAUCAUCUGCAUAUCCACAGGAGGUCAGUAAUGAAUGCUGGGUGGAUGACUCCAUGGAAUCUGUGGAGGAUGAGCACCCCUCGGUAGAUGAGGAUUUGGUCCAUAUUGAACAUCCAUAUUCCAAAGGUCACACUGUGCAGACCAGCGCAAACGGAAGCAGCAUGAACAGCCCCCUACUGAUCUCCACUUCUGAGCCUUAUUUCAGAAAAUACGAUGCUUUGGAGAAAUACCUGCGCACAGGUGUAUACAGCAGUAUGCCGUACUGCAGGAGAGAUGCUGUCAAGAGAUGUGCCAAACGCUUCUGUCUUCAGGAUGGUGUCUUGCAUUACCGCCAUGGUUCCAGGCUUCGCCGAGUUCUUCGAAGUAGAGAGGAAGUCAUUAAUGUGCUAAAGGAGCACCAUGACAAAGGAGGACACUUUGGUUUGAAAAGAUGUUUGAACUCGAUAUCUGAGCUUUUUUACUGGGGCACUAUCACCAGAGACAUUGAGGAGUGGAUUGGCAAUUGCCGGUUCUGCAUGGAGAUGGAUGAAGCAACGCAAAAAUACCGUUGUGCUGUUUACAGCUGCAAUAACUACAAUGGGCCUUUGGAGAGGAUGCUGGGCCUGACCUUUCAUCGAUUUCCAUUUGAUGAGCCGGAGCGACUUAAUCUGUGGAUCAGAAACCUGCACAGAGUGAAUUGGCAGCCACGGCCCAGAUCUGUUGUGUGUUCCACUCAUUUUACCGAAGACUGUUUUGACCAUUCAGGAGCGUCUGUUUGCCUCAAGCCUCACGCUGUCCCCACUCUGCUGCUCUGCACCACACAGGACAACGAAGGUGAAGAUUCUGCUUAUGGUUUGGAUGAAAAGAGUGUUUCUUGCGAGACACAGGAUGAUUUGAGUGCCCAGCAUGCUUUUUUCUCCAAAUACGAUGCCAUUGGGAAAUAUUUGAAUGGAAAAGGCUAUCCAACAGGACUCACCUCUGUGGAGAAGAACACUUUCAGGAGACUCUGCUCCAGAUUUGCUAUCCAUGAUGGCUUCCUGUUCUACACAUCUGGAAGAGGCAUCCAGGAGCAUGGGAGGCGCAGAGUCCUGAGAAGCAAAGAGGAAGUACAGUCCACGCUCACUGUGUACCACGAUGACAUGAACCAUCUUGCAUUUGAGAAAUGCUUGAGGCUCAUCUCCAGACACUUCUUCUGGGGCUCUUUGAAGGCAGACGUAGCGCUGUGGAUUCAGCGCUGUCCCCAGUGUUCAGGCUCUGAAGAGCCUCCUGGCAUAGAGCCUUGUGCUAGCCCAGGAAGCCCUGAGGUCACUGAACUUUUGGAGCCCAUGGAGGACCAAUACAGUUUGGGGCUGGCAGGCCAGACGAAUGGGAGAAUGACAACUGAAAAUGACCUGCAUCUCUCCAUCUCAGAGGUGGCUGUGGAGCAGUGUGUGAUCAGCUCCGGGCCCAAGAGACUCCCUUCGUGUCAACCUGAUAGUAACACGUCUGAUGGAACAGUUACCAUAAGGACUGAUUCAGUAACAAGUUCCAGUGGUUCCCGUCAGUCACCUGAGGAUUUGGCACAGGAGCGGAGAAACUACAGUUUGAGUGCGAGGACUGUUGUUCAGCAAUGCACACAUGCCUUACUGCAAGUUAAGCCUCAAGUAGCUGCUGAUGCUGACUCAGAAUGGGUGGAGAUUCAUGAGGGAAUGGUGAUCUAUGUGUGCUUUUAUAAAGGUGCCACUGAGAAAAUCAUUCCAAAAAUGGUGAACUCCUUGCUCAAUGCAAAGUUCUUCCCAACCAGCAAUGGUAGGCAUCUAUCUAUCCUGGAAGUUCCAGGAAGUGUACUGAUUGUUCCCCAAGACACUAUGACCGGGGUGAUGAAAGGCAGCCGAGUGCAGCACCACGACUCUGUGGAGCGUUGGAAAGGCCUCCAUCUCUACAAACGUUUCGUCUCUCUGUGUGAGAAGGAGGUGGCUGCAUCCACAAAGUGUUCCGAAGCUGGGGCAGUGGUCAGACAUGGAGUGUAUGGAAACAUGCAAGCAAUAUACCUUAACAGCAGUGGACCACUCACUCAUGUAAUUGAGUUUUGAACCUGUAUUUACAGGAUUAAAGUCAAUUUUUACCAAA